AGUAAUUUGAUUCCCUUGUGCUCAUCCACCACGGUGUCGGUACGAUUGAAGCUCCUCCAAGAGCCGUAGAGAUGGAGCGGUACGAAGUCUUGGAGCAGAUCGGGAAAGGGUCCUUUGGCUCUGCUCUUCUUGUCAGACACAAACAAGAACGCAAGAAAUACGUUUUGAAAAAGAUUCGUCUCGCCCGCCAGUCUGAUAGGGCUCGCCUAUCAGCUCAUCAGGAGAUGGAGCUCAUUUCUACUGUCCGCAAUCCAUUUGUUGUCGAGUACAAAGAUUCAUGGGUUGAAAAGGGUUGCUAUGUCUGCAUCGUUAUUGGAUAUUGUGAAGGCGGAGACAUGACAGAGACCAUAAAAAGAGCAUGUGGUGUUCAUUUUCCUGAAGAGAAACUCUGCCAAUGGCUUGUCCAACUAUUAAUGGCACUCGAUUAUCUUCACACCAACCAUAUUCUUCACCGUGAUGUCAAGUGUUCUAACAUAUUCUUGACAAAAGAGCAAGACAUACGGCUUGGUGACUUUGGACUCGCUAAGAUUCUAACUUCUGAUGACCUUACAUCCUCUGUUGUUGGAACUCCAAGCUACAUGUGUCCUGAGCUUCUUGCUGACAUACCUUACGGAUCAAAGUCAGACAUUUGGUCUUUGGGAUGCUGCAUGUAUGAAAUGGCUGCUCAUAAACCUCCAUUCAAAGCUUCCGAUGUGCAGACAUUGAUCACCAAAAUACACAAGUUGAUAAUGGAUCCUAUUCCCGCCAUGUAUUCCGGCUCAUUCCGAGGCCUUAUCAAAAGCAUGUUGAGGAAAAAUCCUGAACUCAGGCCAAGUGCUAACGAGCUGCUUAACCAUCCUCAUCUUCAGCCUUACAUCAGUAUGGUUUAUCUGAAGCUAGAGAGCCCCAGAAGAAGCACUUUUCCACUCCAAUUUUCUGAGAGUUGCGCUACAGUGAAGGAAAAAAGGCGUUCGUCAUUCAGCAAUGACAGGAGAUUGAAUCCGAGUGCCUCUGAUACAGAAGCAGGCUCUGUUUCUUCUUCAGGAAAAGCAUCUUAUUCACCAAUGUUUAAUGGAAGAAAAGUGUCAGAAGUAACUACUGUGGGUGUCGUGAGAGAAGAAAUUGUUCCUCAAAGGCAAGAGGGAGUCAAGAAGCAAUCAGGUGCAGCCAGAACACCAAGAGUGGCUGGGACCUCAGUUAAAGCGUCUGGCAUGCUAAGGAGGCUUGAAACACCGUCAAGCACGCCGCGUACUGUUUCCAAACAUGAAGUGAUGAAGGUAUCGAAUCCUACAGACAUGAGAAGGAGAGCAUCUCUUCCGUUGGUCGUGGAAAAUCCUUACACUUAUGAAUCGGAUGUCACUGCUCUUUGUGGCCUAAAUUCACCGGAUGUUUCUGUAAACGCUCCAAGAUUCGACAAGAUCGCUGAAUUCCCUGAAGAUGUCUUCCAAAACCAACACAGAGAGACAGCCUCAAGAGCAGUAGCUAGGCGCUCUUUUUCUUCUCCUCCUCGGCCUCAUGGUGAGGACAAUACCAACCGUUCGAUCACGAAGGACAAAUGUACUGUACAGACAAGGUCAGUUUCGGAGGUAAAACAGAGAAGGUUCGACACGUCAUCGUAUCAGCAGCGUGCGGAGGCUCUGGAGGGACUGCUGGAGUUCAGUGCAAGGCUUUUGCAGCAGGAACGGUACGAUGAGCUUGGGGUUCUGCUUAAACCCUUUGGAGCCGAGAGGGUAUCUUCGAGGGAGACGGCCAUAUGGCUGACCAAGAGCUUCAAAGAAGCUUCCGUAGACGACCGUAAUCGCUGUCAAUGGAUCUCGAGAAAUGUGAUGGACGCUCUUGGCCCCACCGGUCCUGGUCUGCUUUGUAUCACCGGCGUUCUUGGCUCCGCCCUUCUCCGCCGUAAACUCCUUCCUAUGGCUCGGAAGCUGGCUCUGCUUGAUCCGGACAAGCGGAUACGCAUUCUCAAGGAGCACCACUUGGGUAGCGACGUUCCUCUCAAGAAUCCAGAACGAGAUGUCUCCUCUUUUGCAAUGCAGCUCAAUUAUGAAAGAACAACUUGUAAAUCUUCACUGGGAAAGCUGUGGUUCGAUGAGGCUGUAGCAAAACUGGACUUGCACCAGGAGGAUGAUGAGUUCACUAAUCUUGGUGGUGCUUUCAAAGAGCUAGGGUUCUGCAUGAGGGAAUUGGGCUUGUCUAUAGCUCGUCUUUGCGACAGGGAGAUUGGUGGAGGCUUGCUGGAGGAGAGUCUACUGGAAUCUUGCACAGCCAAAGGACGUCUCAUACAUUACCACUCAGCUGCAGAUAAAUAUGCUCUCAGAGAAGCCGAGAGGAGAAACCAAUCUGGUAAACGAGUAUCGAGUAAGAGGAGAGUCCAGAAUGCUGCUGAGCAAGAGGGGAACCAUAGAAAUGGAGCUGGUUUGAGUGGGAGUCACUUCAAUCUGUGGCAACAGUGGCAUUUCGAUUAUGGAAUCUUUACUGUUCUCACGGAUCCUAUGUUUCUAUCAUCGUAUUCCUACCAGGAAUGCACUUUGAUGAGCAGCCACUCUUAUCUGCAGAUCUAUCAUCCCAGCAAGAACAAGUUCUACAUGGUCAAGACUCCACAGGAUAGUUUUAUAGUUCAAAUUGGAGAAUCUGCUGAUAUUUUGUCCAAAGGGAAGCUACGGUCGACCCUUCACUGUGUGUGCAAACCAGAGAAGCUGGAUCACAUAAGCCGUGAGACAUUUGUGGUGUUCUUGCAGCCAAAGUGGACCCAAACUUUCUCAGUCUCAGAAUAUACAAUGGAACAUCUAAGGUCAGAUUCUCUACAGAGACAGCUCCCUGAUACGGAUGAGGUCCCUAGACCAGAUAUACAGAAAAUUGUUACACCUCUAUCGUCUCGGUUAAGGGAUGGGAUGACUUUUGCCGAGUUUUCUCGCGAAACCACAAAGCAGUACUAUGGAGGGAGUGGUUUGCAAUCUAAUAGAUAGCCGUCCUAGUUCGUACCCCAGUCUCUCUGUGACUCAGUUUAUGUUCCUGUUGUGUCUCCCCCGAUGCUGUUCCAAACUUACAUCUCUUUGUUUGUUUGUGUGCUUUCAAGCGUCGCAUUGAGACAAAGUGGUGUUAUUAAAGUAAAAGCUGCCUCUACACAGAUUCCUUUAGGGAAUCAAUCUUUUUUUUUUGU